AUGAAAGAUAAACGCUUAGAAGUGAAAUUAAGUGUUCGUGGUGAUGGUUCGUUGAGUAGGAAUAGUACUAGAAGUAGUGUUAGAAGUAAUCGCAGCAACUUGAGUAAUAGCAGUGAGCUACCGGUUAGUGAGAUAUUUGCAACGGAUCGUUUCGCAGCGCCACACCACCGAGCUUUCGAUAUACUAGAUAAGUAUCGGCGCCAGCCUAACCAGAACGGAUAUCCUGCGCAAAGCCUUCAAGCUCUGGAUCAAUUUGACCGACCAAGACACGCCCCUGAUAGAAACAGUGCGUAUGUACAGUACACGUCGUUGAGAGACCGUGGUAACAUAACACUGUCUCGGACGGCAUUGAAUCCACCAUACAAUCAAAUAUAUGGAACUUUACCACGCCAUGGACAUUAUACGCAAGAUAAUGCGUCAGUUCCAGGUCAUUUUAGUACCUUGCCGUCAAGAGUACCAAGGCGGGUUCGCAUUAGUGAACUGCAACCCAUUGUAUAUGGAUACGGUACGUUAACUUUUAGCAUUAAACUUAUCUACGAAACAGAAAAACAUUGGUAG